AUGGCUUCUCAAGACACGAAAUCCACCGAUACCAAGCCAGCGACGGGUACGUUCAGCAAAAUCACCAGCAAAGCGAAAGAAUACUCCAAAUUCUGGGCCGAUCAUGUCAAGAAAGGUGAAGCGCCAUGGACUCAGUGGUAUUGCUGUGGGCUGGUUGAAGGAAAGGAAUGCGAGCAAGAGAAUCACAGGAUACACAAAGCUUGCAAGAAGUGCAAUCACCGCGUCUGCGAUAACUGCGUGAAGGGCAGUAUCUAG